GCUCCGGUUCUCACCUUCCCCGCCACGCUGACGUCCUCUCAAGCCCCGCGCCGAGCAGGAAGGGGAACUCUUUUGCCGCGGACUCAAGCCGGAAGCUGCUAUUCUAGCGGAGAGGCCGGUGGGGGAGGAGUGGGCGGAGAGGAACGUGGGUUGAACGUUACAAGGGGUGGUGUGGACCCAACCUGGAACAGGAGCCCGGACCGACCCGGUGUGCAGAAGGAGAGUGUACGCGGCAGGAAAGAGAGGCGAGGAAGUGAUUUCGUUCAGCUCCCGAAGGUUCAUUGAAAAAUCCUUAGUGAUAUUGACAUGUUUCAAGUGACAUAAAUUAGCCAAUGACUCGGAAUGAUGGAUUCCCCGAAGAUUGGAAAUGGUUUGCCAGUGAUUGGACCAGGGACUGAUAUAGGGAUAUCUUCACUCCACAUGGUGGGGUAUUUGGGAAAAAAUUAUUCAGCUAAAGUCCCGUCAGAUGGGUAUUGCCCUGCUUGUAGAGAAAAGGGAAAGUUAAAAGCCUUAAAGACUUACCGAAUUAGUUUUCAAGAAUCUGUCUCUUUGUGUGAGGAUCUGCAGUGCAUCUACCCUUUGGGCUAUAAAUCACUUAAUAACUUAAUUUCUCCUGAUUUGGAAGAUGGUCCCAAUAAGUCUCAAAAAAGAAAGUUGGAAACCAGCUAUAAAGAUUCACCUCUUUUAGCAAAUGCCAAAAAGACUAAAAAUCACACUGUUACUGAUGGCGAGCAAGGUUUGAAGAGCAAACGCGAUGGAGAAGCAUAUGGUGAAACCUUAUUGAGCUCACCUGCUUUACCACACAGUGGACCACAGCACCCAGACGGGACAGCUGGCUCGUUGGAACAGAAUGAGAGUUUGGAGGCUGACAUUAUUGAUGAGGCUACUGAAGAGGCUCCUACUACAGCUGAUGUUUCUGGAACUGGAGGGGUUUCCCCUCACAACGCAGGAAGCACAUUUGAACUGGAAAUGCCAUUGGAGAGCAAAUGUACAUCACUUUGCCAGUCUUCAUCCGUCCAGUGGAGAAAUGCUAAUGCUCUCUGUUGGUUAGAUUGUAUUCUGUCAGCACUGGUGCACUUGGAAGAGUUAAAAAACACUGUGGCUGACCUAUGUUCUAAGGAGGAAUCUGUGUUCUGGCAGUUGUUUACCAAGUAUAAUCAAGCCAGUAAGCUUCUGCACACCAGUCAGUUCGAUGGAGUGAAAGAUGGAGAUUGUAAAAAACUUCCUUCAGAAAUAUUUGCAAAGAUAGAGACCUGUCUGAAUGAAGUCAGAGAUGAAAUUUUCAUUAGGCUUCAGCCUCAGCUUAGAUGCACAUUAGGUGAUAUGGAAAGCCCAGUGUUUGCACUUCCCCUGCUCUUAAAAAUGGAACCCCUCAUUGAAAAGCUUUUCAUGUAUUCUUUCUUUUGGAAUUUUGAAUGCUCACAGUGUGGGCACAAGUAUCAAAACAGAUACAUGAAGAAUCUGGUCACCUUUACAAAUGUCAUCCCUGAGUGGCACCCACUUAAUGCUGCCCAUUUUGGUCCAUGUAACAAUUGCAGCAAUAAGUCACAGAUAAGAAAAAUGGUACUGGAAAAAGUAUCGCCUAUAUUCAUGUUGCACUUUGUGGAAGGCUUACCACGUGAUGACUUGCAGCACUACUCAUUUCAUUUUGAAGGCUGUCUUUAUCAGAUAACUUCUGUAAUUCAGUACCAAGCAAAUAAUCAUUUUAUAACAUGGAUUUUAGAUGCUGACGGAACUUGGCUGGAAUGCGAUGACCUAAAAGGCCUAUGUUCUGAAAGGCGUGAGAAUUUUGAAGUUCUUGCUUCAGAGAUCCAUAUUGUUAUUUGGGAAAGAAAAACAUCCAAGAUAACAGAUGAAGCACCUGCCUGCCUUCCACUUAAAAAGACUAAUGGUGAGCAUGCUUUUGGUGCUGAGCAAGCAGCCUCUCCAGCAUGGUGUUCUGGGGGUGACGCCGCCUCUGCCGAGCUGUCCGCAGGAACUCUCCCCACCAGUGUGUCGUUUGCUCCUAAUGCUCUUUCACAGGGUCAAGCUGUAGCUCACGGACAAAUACUUUCCGAUCCAGAAAGUUUGGUAGACAACAGUAUUUUAUCUUUGACAUUUGAAGAAAUACAGGUUAACUCUGAAAGUUUCCUAUUUGAAAAUAAACCUGUGGCAGAGAAUGCAGGAGUUGGCAAAACAAAGACUUUGCAGUCACAAGAGUCACUAGUGGCUUCUUUAGUGUCUGGUCCAUGUGUUGAAAACCUUACUCAAGACCAGUUUAUGGGUUUUAAGUUUCCAUCUCAAACUGUAAAUGCAAGCAUGCGAUUUGCACCACCAAGUGCAGAAGACACUGGGAUCACUGCGCCUGUGAAUAAUAGCCCCACUCCUGAUCUUACACACAGUGUAAAGCCUGCAGUUGAGGGCACAGUGGCCCAAGAGAAGGACACUUCGUUGAAACAGUUUCCUUCACCAAAGACUGAGAAAUUAAAACCCGAACAACAGGGUACAUCUCAGACAUCUAAUUUGAAGAAAAACGAAACUGCGUCAUUUUCAAAACCCGUAACAGCUAAGUCACUACAGAAUCCAUCUCUGAAAGAAGCUCCAAAGAAACCAUUUGUAGGAAGUUGGGUUAAAGGCUUAUUAAGCAAGGGUGCUUCUUUUAUGCCACCUUGUGUUUCAGCUCGUAACAGGAACACCGUAACUGAUUUGCAGCCUUCAGUUAAGGGGGCAAAUAAUUUUGGUGGCUUUAAAACGAAAGGUGUGAACCAAAAGGCUAACCGGGCAUCCAGGAAAGCUAAUAAAUGUGCAGGUAAGCCUCCUACAGUUUGUAACCCUCCACCAAGUCAUCCGCUGUCUGGUGGCACGACAUCUCAUGUACGCACUAAUGUUACUGCUGAUUCAGAUGUUCUGAAAUGUGAAAAGGCCCCCUAUGGAGCUCACCACAGUCCCAGCUCCUGUGUAAAAGAAAAUGGUGUUUCUUCAGCAAACCAUGGAGACUCAGUUGAGGGUCAGAUUCAUAAGCUUCGUCUAAAACUUCUUAAAAAACUUAAGGCAAAGAAGAAGAAAUUAGCUGCUCUUAUGUCUUCCCCCCAAAAUGGAGAGCUUCCAGGUGAAAAGUUAGAGCCUGUGUCCCAUUGCGGGUCUCCAAACGACUGUGAAUCAAUAGAAGACUUGUUAAAAGAACUCCAAUAUCAAAUUGAUACUGCUGACACUAAAUCUGGAGGCACCGCAGUUCCAUACAAUAGUCAAAGUCAUGAAGAAAUUUUAGCAGAACUGUUGUCCCCUACAACUGUUGUCUCAACAGAGCACUCGGAAAGUGGGGAAGCUGACUUUAGGUAUUUAGAAAUAGGAGAUGACCACAUCACAGCCCCAGUGCCUACUGAAUUAAAUGGCAUUCCCCGGAAUACACACCUGAGACAGGACCAUAAUUACUGUAGCCCCACCAAGAAAAAUCAGUGUGAAGUUCAGCCAGAGUCUCUGGCAGAUCAGUCCAUGAAGACUGAUAUUUUUGAUGAGUUUUUUUCCACUUCAACAUUAAAUUCUUUAGUAAAUGACACAUUAGACUUACCUCAUUUUGAUGAAUAUCUGUUUGAAAGUUGUUGAGUGCAUGCUAUCUUUUUUUAGUUUAAUAUUUAUUAUUGCUCUUAGAAAACUUAAUAUGUUAUUAAGUAGUGUUUAUACACUGGCCUUGUCAUGAGCAAAAUGUAAGCUAUGGAAGGUUUUACCUUCAGUUCUAACCACAAAGCAUGUAAUCUGUUUUACAAAUUAAAAUGAUCAGGAAUUGGUU